UAAAAACCAAAGUUCUGCAUCCCUACGGCGGCAUUGAGGCAAUACCAUUGCAGCGCUAAAGUUGUUAAUUGUGUUAAACCAAUAAAACGCGACGAAUGUGAAAAUCGAUAUUCGGAGUUCGCAACUCGCCAAAAUAGUCGUUCAACAAAAUUGAGAAAAAUAUAAAAAAUUGCUGUGCAACAAAAAGGAGAAUCAAUAAAAAUUACUGUAAUGGCGCAAUUUGUGGUAAUCUGGAGCAUAUUCCUGUAUGCUUCCUGUCUGCUGCUGUUGAGCAGUGCCGAAGUCCCACAACAACCACAGCAAUUCACGAAAGUGCCAUUGGUCAGCAACAAUGUUGUUGAAAUGGUUGCGGGUGUGAGUGGACAAGGUGGAGUGGGAGUUGGUGUGGGUGUGACAGGUGGUGUAGGGGCCGUUAUAGCGCCCAGCGUCGGUUCAGUUGCGGAGGAGGAGCGUGUUUACUACCAUCCGGCUGCGGUAAGCAAACCACGAGUCAUCGACCAGUAUGAUCAUCGCUCCUUGGACGGACACUUUGAGUACAGGUAUUUACUCAGUAACGGUGAAGCUCGUUAUGAACGCGCCUACUGGUUGCCAGCAGGUAAAAAUAUGGUAUUGGCACGCAAAGGUUACUACUCUUAUCCAAUAUCAAAUAAUAAAUUUCUAACCGUCUUCUAUACUGCCGAUCAAAAUGGAUAUCGACAGGAUUCAACCACAUUCAGUAGAGCUCAACCGCAUCUCCCGCGUAGUAUCGAAGUGCCGGAAUACGUACUACAAUCGGUAUAUGCCGCGCAUCCACCGGUAAUACAACAUCAGAGUAAACCAUAUGUGCACCCCUCCACCACAACUUCAAGGCCUUUUGUUCCGUCAACCGAUAAUCCAUUCAUUCAAUUAAAGCCACAGGUGCCUGCGCAUCAAUCUGCUAUAGAUCAUGGUCAACCCUUGUACGGUCAUCAAUCACAAGCGCAACAUUCAUCCCUUCAUACAUCUUCAAGUGCUCAUUCAUCAGUAGGAGGUCAAGUGGCAUCAGGCAUUCACUCAUCUGUUGGAGCUCACCAUUCCGCAGUAGUUACUACUCCAUCGGUUGUCUCCUCUUCAACUGGAGUUCACAUCAACGUGGGAGUUAAGCCUGCCCCAGGCCAAGUAUGGGACUCAUCAGUGGUUGUUCCCUCCUCGUCAAAUGUGGUUUCAUCCUCUGGUAUUCAUUAUUCGUCAGGCGUUCAUUCCCAAGCAGUUCAUCCUACAGUUCCCAGCCAAUCGGCAGUUCAUUCUUCGUCGGUUGUUCAACAUGGAGUAGAAAGUCAUUCCCAAGUGGGAGCUCACCCCACUGUACCCGUCCAAUCGGCAGUUCUUUCAUCCUGGGGUGGUCAGUCUUCAGGCAGUCAUUCACAGGCCGGAGUACAUUUAGAAGUUCCAACCGCUUCUACAGUUCACUCUUCUGUAAGCGCUUACUCACCACCUCCAGUUCAUUCCCCAUCUGUAGUUCAACCUUCAACAGGGGUACAUUCAGCAGCUGUUCCUCCCUCACGCCCUACUGUACGCCCAUCCAACCAAGUGUAUCAAUACCAAUCAGCUUCACAAGGCUCCUCAGCUCAAUCCUCAGUAGUUGUUCCUCCAACAGUUGCUUCGCCCACAGUCCCAGUUCAAUCAUGGCAUUAUAGUUUUUAAAUAAACAACGCCUGAUUGCUGAUUAGAGUCAUUAUAUAAAUUUGGACUUGGCUUCAUUACGUCGACUUUUAUUUCUUUUCUUACGAGUAUAAUUAAAAAUUGAAAAUAAAAUACAAUUUCUUUAUACAGUGCUUCAAAGUUUA